AUGAAGUCCGAGGGUCGAGCUGAAAGCCAUAACAGUGGAAAAAGAGCAACACAUUUGUUGUUUGUAAGAAUUGUUGUGCGCGAAAUUUCGGUGCAGCACAUAAAAAUGAGCUCAAAUAUUUGGCAGGUGAAGACAUGGUUCCAGAAUCGUCGUAUGAAGCACAAAAAGAUAGUUCGAAAGCAAGGCGACAGCAGCGCUAGUGUGGCGAAUGAAAAGAAUGAAGAACCCGGUAUUGAUUCCGAUAAAGAAUAA